AUGAAUACAUUCCUAUUGUUAAACCAUCUAUCCGGUCAAGUACUUAUAUGUAACCUAAUACCUACUACUACUGCUACUACUACUACUUCUCUCAUCUAAUCAACUAACUCCAUCAGAGCCCACUAUCACCACUAUCACCACUAUCACAAUGCUAUCGCUCCACCUGCAAAGAGAAUCAGAAAGGUGGGCAGCUCAACGCCAGAGCUACCCCGCCCCCUACUCCUACUCCUACUCCCUCUCCUCAAGCAGCAGCAGCAGCAGCACCUUCGACGAAAGCGACAGCAAAUCCGUCUUCUCCACCACAAGCAGUAGAUCGAGGCGGUCUUCCCUGUCGAGCGAAGCUCCCGACGACGAACCCGCACCCCCAACCUUCUUCCAACAACAACAGCAGCAGCCCCGAGACUCUAACGGCGCCCCGAUCGCCAUCUACGCGUCCCUGGAGCAGGCCGUGGCGCAGAGCACGCAGGCGGCCGAGGCCCAAGGGCCCAGGCGGCUCGUCACGCCCGGGAAACUAUACGAGAACGAAGAGGACGACGACGAGAUCGUCGAGUGGCCGGAGGAAGAGGGGCAGGGGCAGGACACGAAGACAGCGACAGCAACGGCAACGGCAGCAGCAGUACUAGCUGCGUAGCAACGCAGCAGCAAGCAACUAUGUAUGCCGAGAGCGGGUUCUCCCGCACCACCCUUCCCCCCCUCCCUAGGUUGGAAUUCCAAAGGGGGGGGGGGGGGGGGGGAGAAGAAGAAAAAGAAAAACAACAAGAAGAAAAAAAUGAGGGAAAAAAACAAAAC